AAUGUCAAAAAGGUUUGAAUAGAUUGAUAUAUCAGUACAUCUUAUUUGAUGAUGAAAUAUAUGACAAUUAUUGUAGUCAUUUGUUUAUCAUUUUUAUUUACCGUUUAUUGUUUGAAAAACUAUGACCAGUAUUUACUGGAUAACAAUAGUGACAUUGAUUACGAUCAGUUGAUGUCUGAUGAAGAGACUAUGGAUUAUAUAAUUAGUAGAGUUAAGCGAAAGGGUGGUAAAGGAGGUGGUGGUGGUAGGGGUAGUGGUAAAGGUGGUGGUGGUAAGGGUGGCAAAUAUAAAGGUUGGCGAAUUCAUGGUAGUGGUGGUGGUGGCAGAUUUGGGGGUAUAUUUUUAGGCAGAAGGUAUCGUUACACAAGUUGUCAUCAAUUUGGCAAUAAUACUAAUGACACUAAUUAUUGUGAUAAAUUUGAUCACUGUCAAUGGCUAACCAAAGUGUAUGUAUGCUAUAUUAUACUACCGGUGCCCAUAAUUGCCGUUCAUUUUGAUGAUUUCGAUCGGAGGGUUCUGUUUGUGGCAACGAUUAUCACAAGCUUUUUGAUUGUGUCGACGUAUGUCAUACUCAUUGUUAUCAAUUUAAUCGACAAUUUGUUGAAUACAAUUGAAUGGAGUUAUAUGUUAUUGGAAUAG